CACUAUUUAUUACUGACUGAUACUCUUUGUUAGGUGUAACAAGUAGUAAAAUGAAUAUUUGCAAGACACGAUAGCGCGCGAUAGAGCUGCGGUUUUUAUCAACAAUAAGUUGCGGAGCUCUUUCGAGUGAUUUCAUUUUUGCACAAUUUCGGCUCUUGCAGAAACAAUCGACUAUUGCAUACCGAAAUCUAAAUUCAACACAGCAUCGGUUUUUAUCCAGGUAUAUAUAAGACGCCCUGCAAUUUUUGAGAAAUCAGUUCGAAAACGUACUCAAAACUAUUACAACUAGUAUACUAGCAUACCAAUAAUUUUCGUCAAUAACCAAAAAUGAAUUGUUUUCAGGUGUGUAUCUUCCUUGUUUUUACCUUUGCUACUUUGACUUUCGGACACGAAGAUGACGACGGUCCUGCGAGUUACAAAUUUGAGUAUGGCGUGCACGAUCCAAAAACGGGAGACAAGAAAUUCCACACGGAAAAUCGUGACGGUCACGUAGUUAAGGGCAGUUACAGUUUGGAUGAACCCGAUGGUACCAAGCGAAUCGUCGAGUAUACGGCGGACAAAAAGAACGGCUUUCAAGCAGUGGUCAAAAGGAUAGGAGACGCCAGUCAUCCUGCACAUUAUGCGAAAGGAAGUGAGCAAACUGCCGGCGAUGCGGAGAGCCACGUGGGCAAAACGCAUUGGGGCAGUAAUUAACCCGACGAAGACACGCGCACUAUUUAAAAUUUGUUCUGUCACAGAUUGAUUAAUUAAUUAACAUUUUUUGAAUUAAAAUUUUAUGUACAAAUAUGUACCUAUUACAAUACAGUGCCGCCUUCAAGGCAUACAGGGCCCUGGGGUAAUGACGACUAGGACCCUCCUUAAGGUAGCAUUCUCUAAAAUUAUUUAUUAAAAAUGACCACCACACUGUUACGUCACAAUCAAGGUUAAAUUAUUUAUCAAUAACGAGUAUUCAGGCAGAUUUAC